CCGGCUCCGACAGCGGCGCAGAGCGAAUCAGCGCGCGCGGCGAGCACGACAUUUCACGGGACCCGCGGAGCCGCGUCGGGAUCACCGCUGGGCUCCGGCACCAAAGCCUUCCUCGGCCUCCGCCCCCUUGGCUUGUCCCCCCGCGGCAGCCCGCGGGACGGGGAGAUCCCGCCGAGGCUCUCGGUGCUCCCGGGGCCGCACGCCAUGGGCAGCCCUCGCUCGGCGCUGAGCUGCCUGCUGUUGCACUUGCUGGUUCUCUGCCUCCAAGCCCAGGUAAGGAGCGCUACGCAGAGGCGGGGGCCGGGCGGGCCGGUGAGGGGACCCGACUGGCAAUGUCGGGCAGGGACAUGAGGACCGACGCUGCGUCCAGCGCAGCAGGGCUGGAAGGAACCUUAGAAAUCCAGCCCCGAACUACCCCGAGGACAGAGCUAAGGAACAGAGAGGUAGCACCUUGGCUGCCUAGGGUCACACAGCAACAUGUGAGGGAGCAGAGCCUGGUGACAGAUCAGCUCAGCCGCCGCCUCAUCCGGACCUACCAGCUCUACAGCCGCACCAGCGGGAAGCACGUGCAGGUCCUGGCCAACAAGCGCAUCAACGCCAUGGCAGAAGACGGGGAUCCCUUCGCAAAGCUCAUCGUGGAGACAGAUACCUUUGGGAGCCGAGUUCGAGUGCGAGGAGCCGAAACAGGUCUCUACAUCUGCAUGAACAAGAAGGGGAAACUGAUUGCCAAGAGCAACGGCAAAGGCAAGGACUGCGUGUUCACGGAGAUCGUGUUGGAGAACAAUUACACAGCGCUGCAGAACGCCAAGUACGAGGGCUGGUACAUGGCCUUCACCCGCAAGGGCCGGCCCCGCAAGGGCUCCAAGACGCGCCAGCACCAGCGCGAGGUCCAUUUCAUGAAGCGCCUCCCGCGGGGCCACCACACCACCGAGCAGAGCCUGCGCUUCGAGUUCCUCAACUACCCGCCCUUCACGCGCAGCCUGCGGGGCAGCCAGAGGACUUGGGCCCCCGAGCCCCGAUAGGCGCCUGCCCGGCCCCUCCCCACCGCCCGCAGCCGACUCUUGUCUGUAGGAGCACGAGAAACUCCAGCAAGAUGAGGGCUGCACUGCUAAGGCCGGGGAGGAGCUGGGGAGCUGCUGGUCUAGUUGUUGAUAUUGUUUGCUGUUGGGUUUGUUUGUUUGUUUUGUUUUGUUUUUUAAACAAAAGAGAGGCUCUAUUUUUGUAUUCCA